CGUCUACCCAGACAAGCAAAAUAAUACUGGAAAGAAUAUAAUUUGGUGCGGUGUACGGCAAAUUCUUAUCAGUUUUCGGAUCAAUUAUUUGGUGACGUUUUGAAACUGCCAACCGUUCGCCGUUCGUCAACGUGUAUUACUUAAAAUACAAAGAUAGAUGAAAAAUCAAAUCGAAAAUGUUCAAAACAAUAUUUUUUAUUUUAUGGAUUAACGUUGCAGUUGAAUCUUUUUACCUGCCUGGUUUGGCACCUGUAAAUUAUUGUAAAAAAGAUGAGGCGACAGAUGCUUGUAAAUCUGAAGUGAAACUCUUUGUAAAUCGACUGAAUACAGAAGAAUCAAUAAUACCAUAUGAAUACCAUCAUUUUGAUUUCUGUCUACCAACUAAUAAUGAGAAAUCUCCAGUAGAGAACUUGGGACAGGUUGUAUUUGGGGAAAGAAUCCGCCCAUCACCCUAUGAAAUAGAGUUUAUGAAAAAUGUAUCCUGCCAAGUUGUGUGUGUUAAAAAAUAUUCUGGAGACAAAUAUUCAGACAACUUGAGCCUCGGCAUGUUAAGAAAAGGAAUUAGUCUCAACUAUCAACAUCAUUGGAUAGUUGAUAAUAUGCCUAUUACCACUUGUUAUGAUGCAGACGACUGUCGAACUGGCUUUCCUAUGGGAUGCUACUCCAGAAAUGGAAGACACAACUGUUUCAAAGAUGUGGGAAGAGAAGAUGCUAACUACAUUUAUAAUCAUGUUAAUCUCACUAUUACAUAUCAUUCUGGAGCUCAUGAAGAAUGGGGUGAUAAAUUUCAUGAGAAUGGAGGAAGGAUUAUUUCAGUUAAAGUUGUUCCUAAAAGUAUUGAUUACAAGGGGCACAACUGUUCCCAAUACGAAACAGAACCCUUGGCAAUACCUAACAAGAACUUGAAACGUGGUGAAACAUUCGAAAUAAUCUACACUUACAAUAUCAAUUUUGUACUAAACGACAAUGUCAAAUGGUCUUCAAGAUGGGACUACAUACUCGAAUCGAUGCCUCAUACGAACAUUCAGUGGUUCAGUAUUUUGAAUUCGCUCGUAAUCGUUAUAUUUUUGUCUGGUAUGGUAGCCAUGAUUUUACUGCGGACAUUACACAAAGAUAUCGCUAGGUAUAAUCAAAUUGAUAAUGGAGAAGAUGCUCAGGAGGAAUUUGGUUGGAAGCUAGUCCACGGAGACGUCUUCAGGCCACCGAGAAAAGGCAUGCUCCUUUCUGUACUCCUAGGCUCCGGAGUUCAAGUAUUUUUCAUGUGUUUGGUCACACUAGCUUUCGCCUGUCUCGGUUUCCUCAGCCCAGCCAAUCGCGGCGCUCUGAUGACAUGCGCUAUGGUGUUAUACGUUUUACUGGGUUCACCGGCUGGUUACGUUUCCGCCAGAAUAUAUAAGAGCUUCGGCGGAGAAAAGUGGAAGUCGAACGUGCUUUUGACGUCUAUGUUAGCGACUGGGUUUGUUUUUGGGUUGUUCUUCAUAAUGAACCUGGUCUUGUGGGCGAACGAGAGCUCAGCCGCUGUACCAUUUAGCACUUUGAUUGGAUUGUUAGCACUUUGGUGGUUGGUAUCAGUGCCACUUACUUUUGUUGGUGCAUUCUUUGGAUUCAGAAAACGGGCUUUGGAACAUCCAGUAAGGACUAAUCAAAUACCGAGGCUUAUUCCCGAACAAUCAGUUUACACAAAACCCAUUCCAAGUAUCAUUAUGGGAGGUGUUUUGCCGUUUGGUUGUAUCUUCAUUCAACUUUUCUUCAUUCUAAAAUCGAUCUGGUCAUCGCAGAUGUACUACAUGUUCGGAUUCCUUUUCUUGGUAUUCAUCAUACUAGUUAUAACCUGUGCAGAAACCACGAUCUUAUUGUGCUAUUUCCAUCUUUGCGCUGAAGACUAUCACUGGUGGUGGAGGUCUUACCUGACUUCCGGUUUCACUUCUGUCUAUCUCUUUUUAUACUGUUGUCAUUAUUUCUUCACGAAGCUUCAGAUAGAAGACGCCGCUUCGGGAUUUUUAUAUUUCGGCUAUACUAUCAUCAUGGUAUUCUUGUUUAAUCUUUUAACCGGAACAAUAGGAUUUUUCGCUUGUUUCUGGUUCAUCAGGAAGAUCUAUAGCGUAGUUAAAGUCGACUGAAGAGGGUUAUUUUCUAUACGUUUUUAAUUUUUUUAUGAAGUUUUAUGUGAUUUAAUUUAAUGAAAUACGUCCCCGAAUUUUUUUUGUUUAUAUUGUUCACUGUCUUGAACUGAAUAGAAUGAUCAUUUAAAUAGUUUGGUUGUUUAGAGACGAAACCUGUAUAAGGCUGUGGAAGGUUUAGGACAAUAAUACAAUUUUUUUAUAUAGUGGGUUAUGUGAAGUUAUUUUCACACAUUAUUUUCUAGGACAUCCUAUAUUUUUGAGUGUAUUUUAGUGUCUUAGUAUCAGCACAGUGUGAAAAAAUGCACAUUCUUUUAAAUUUGAAUAAAUUGGAAUAAUUUAAAUAUUUUUUUAAAUUGAUCCUUUUUUUUUUCAACGUGUCGUUUUACUUUAAAGUUCUAGACUAGAACAGUUUAAAAUCUAAGGAUAGUAUCUCGACCAUUGUAUUUUAUAAAUUUUUUUUUUUAUAUUGCUUUUAUUAUGACAUUUAUUUCUAUCAUCAACCCUUUAGAAAAUGAAUAAAUAAACUCCCUUUACUGCUAAAGACCAUUAAAAAAGUAGCUAUUUAAAGGACAGUAAACAAUGUAAACAAAAAAAUAAAUACAUAUAACCUAAUGUGAAUUAUUAUAGGUUUCCUAAUAUAAUAGAACGACAGCCAAAUUAUUUGCGUUUUUUGAUAUCUUACCUACUAAUUUAAUUGCCCCAAACUUUUUAUUCAAGUUGUAUCUACUAACAAUAUUCAUAUUCUUUAAAAGUCCUUUAAAAAUAUUACUUUUAGCCUUCCUUUAAUUUUUUCCAUAAUGUUAGAGGAACGCUUGAGAACAUUGCAUUUAAGAUUCAUUUGAACUACUUUAGAAGUAAUAGUACACAUGGGAAUAGGCCAUUGAAGUAAAAAAGUCAGCUUUGGGCUUCAUAUCUUUUCAAUACUGACUUCCGAUUCGGACAUCGUCGUGGUAACAUUGAAAUGGCGGUUUCCGAAUCGGGAGCCCUGAAGUCCAAUAAUAAUCACUAAAUAUCUAGUGUAAAAGUGACCAUCCGACUUUAAAAAUAAUACUAAAUUAAAUAUUCUGUGCCAAGAAUACAGAAGAAUAUUUAAACUAAUUAUCAGGUGCAGUGGAAGAGUGAGGACAGAAGUCCGACGCACGAGGGUGCAGCUUUUCCACUUAACAAUAUUUGAAAAAAUAACUUAACCUGAGUGGAUAGAUAGUCCUCGGAUUAAGCCCAUAAUCACAUAGAAGAAGAUCUUUUAAUAAGGCACGUGCUGAGACGACUAUCUUCGUUCCACAGAAUGCGAUUUGUAUGUAGUGUCUCUCUUUAUUUGAUUUGUUACGUGUUGAGUACUCACAUAAGAAUCCCUGUCCAGAUAACAUAACUGACUUCCGAUUCCGACACCGUGGUGUCAACAUUGAAAUGGCGGUCUCAGAAUCGGGAGUCACGUGUGUAUGUGUUUUCGUACAAAAUCUUUAAUAAGAAUGGCCAUCGAAAAGUGAAUUUUAACUUAAUGUGAUUAACUUUUUGAUAUCAAGAAUA